CUUUCACUGACUCGCAUACCUGCACUUGGAGCCUUGCUGAGGCAGAAAUCACUUCUCAAAAUGCAUGUAAUGCAAGUCUCAACAGGAAUGUUCACUGUCCAUGGCCAGGGGCAAUUUCCUGCACAGCAUUCCCUGUUGGAGCACGGUGGCUGCUCUGGCACAACACAGAAUCCAGCUCCUUCCUGCCCCAUCUCCCUGCAGCACUCCCUGCUUUCCCAGGUAGGAAAGAAGACAGCACUUCUGUAAACCCAGCUUUCACCUCUGCAUUCUGAAGGGCUGUGGGCCCAGCACUGUGCACGGAACACAAGCAUGCAUGGUGCAAUGUGUGCAGGCGCAUUAGGAGUGGCAGAUAAUGGAUCCCCAGUGAAACAACUCAACAUUACCUGAAUGAAUCCCACGUGCCUGUGUGCUCCCAGCCCCCCUUUUAGCUUGAGAACGUUUAGAUUUCUCUUCAAAGCUAUAUGGUAGGCGUUCAUGUGUGAUCGCUGCUUUGGGCCUUCCUUUCUUUGCCUUUAUGAUUGUUUGAGGUGAAUUGGCUCUGGAGGAGCAAAACUACUUUAAAGCACUCUUUGUCCAGAGAAGGCCAAAUUUACCUCAUUCAGACACAGUGCACUGUUGGGAAAACCUCACUUGAUUGGUUUAUAGGGCCAUUCUAUAGCUAGGCCCGGUUGCGGUGAGCCCUGGGGGGUUCUGUUUGCAGACAGCAGUUUGUUGCUUUGCUUCAGCGGGACAAAGGCAGCGCUAGCAGAGUGACUCAGUGCCGCCUGGCAGGGUGACAGCUCCUUCCAUCCAGCGGGCGCUUCUUCCACGGUAUAAGAGCGGGGUGAGAAAACCAUGCUUGUGCCACUACUACCCCAAAGCUGCCGGCAGUCUCCAGGGGCGGAACGCCCAGCCCCCGCUCCGGUGCCGCCCCGCCCUGCCGCAUGAGGAUGUGACGCCACCGGGGCCACCCCUCAGUGGGCGCGGCUCCGCCGUUCGGCCCUGAAAUACGGCGGUGGCCGCGGACAGCGUAGCAGCCGCGGAGUUCCGCGGCCAUGCUCGCUCCGGAUGUGCCUCGUAGCCUCGCUGCUGCCGCCCCCGCCGGCAAGGCCAAGCUGACACACCCCGGCAAAGCCAUCCUGGCGGGUGGCCUCGCCGGAGGUAUCGAGAUCUGCAUUACAUUCCCCACUGAGUAUGUGAAGACGCAGCUGCAGCUGGAUGAGAAGGCCAACCCACCUCGCUACAAGGGCAUUGGGGACUGCGUGAAGCAGACUGUCCGCGACCACGGUGUCCGGGGGCUGUACCGGGGGCUCAGCUCGCUGGUGUAUGGCUCCAUCCCCAAGGCCGCCGUCAGGUUUGGCAUGUUCGAGUUCCUCAGCAACCAGAUGAGGGAUGAGCAGGGCCGGCUGGACAGCACGCGGGGCCUCGUCUGUGGGCUGGGUGCCGGUGUGGCCGAGGCUGUGAUGGUGGUGUGCCCCAUGGAGACCAUCAAGGUGAAGUUCAUCCACGACCAGUGUUCCCCUAAGCCGAAGUACCGUGGCUUCUUCCAUGGUGUCAGGGAGAUUGUUCGGGAGCAGGGGCUGAAGGGGACCUACCAAGGCCUAACUGCAACUGUCCUCAAGCAAGGAUCCAACCAGGCCAUCCGCUUCUUUGUCAUGACAUCCCUCAAGAACUGGUACAAAGGAGAUGAUCCCCACAAGGUCAUCAACCCCUUCAUCACAGGCGUGUUUGGAGCCCUCGCGGGAGCUGCGAGCGUCUUUGGCAACACACCCUUGGAUGUGGUUAAGACCAGGAUGCAGGGGCUGGAAGCACAUAAGUACAAGAGCACCUGGGACUGCGCCUACCAGAUCAUGAAAUAUGAGGGGCCCCUGGCGUUUUACAAGGGCACCAUACCCCGCCUGGGCCGUGUCUGCCUCGAUGUGGCCAUUGUCUUUGUCAUCUAUGAUGAGGUGGUCAAGUUCCUCAACAAGGUCUGGAAAACUGACUGAGUGGCUCCACCAGUCCCGCCGGGCUGCAGCUGGAAAUCGAUGACCAAGUGUGGAGCUGCCGUCAGCGCGGCCAAGGGCCCAAGCCUACCGUACGCGUCCGUGGACUGGGAGCACCACUCAGUGUCCCCGUACACUCUGUGCCCUUUAUUUAUAGCAGUGAGCUGAGGAGCAGUUACAUUAUCAGCUGUGUGUGUCCUCUGCCCGGGGAGCAGGGCAGAGGCUGUUGCCAGCACCCCAGGCUGUGCCCCCAGACAAGGCAGCAAUCCUGACAUCCCACCCCAGCUCAUCCUGGGGUGCUGAGCACAGCUGGUUCCUGACAUUACCCAUACAAUUAAUUUUCCCGACCAUGGGGACAGCAUUUGGGCAAACCAGGUGCCCCCCACUUGCAGUUUACAGUUGAGACGUGUGCGAGAGAUGGGGUGCGGAGGCACAGCCCCUGUCUCAGACUUGGCCCCUUGGCGUGUCCCCUUGACCGGGGCCAGCCUCCAACAUGAAGCCCUUUUUCCACAUUCCCACCCUGCCCUCUCAUUGCUCUCUGGGGUAGCCCCUAGCUGCCCCUGUAGCUUUCAGACCCAAUACUAACAGCCGUGCUAUUCUUGCCUUUGUGCCAAAUCCUCCCGUGUGUGUGUGUGUGGGGGGGGGGGGGGGGGGCAGAUGGAGAGCAGGAGCUGCCCCCUGUCAUCAUGUUGUAACAAGCGCAGCAGUAAUACCUGUUCAUGGGAGGGCAAAGGAAGAAAAGGAGAGCCUAGGAGCAAUUUUCCUUUGGCUUUCUUCUCUGAAGCCAGUGAGGGUUGGUUGUUACUUUUGUUUUUUUUUAAUUAUUAUUAUUCUGUUUUACACUCACAAUUUGAAUAAAAUCAGUCUGGCUUUA